AUGUCCGAGGAAUCGUCCGCUGAUCGCAAUGUAGAAAUAUGGAAGAUCAAAAAGCUGAUAAAGAGCUUGGAAAUGGCGAGAGGGAACGGUACAUCAAUGAUAUCACUCAUUAUACCACCGAAGGAUCAAAUCUCGAGAGUGUCCAAGAUGUUGGCUGAUGAGUUCGGUACGGCGUCCAACAUCAAGUCGCGAGUGAACCGGCUGUCUGUGCUCGGUGCCAUCACAUCUGUGCAGCACAGGCUCAAGCUGUACACUAAAGUUCCACCAAACGGUCUCGUCAUAUACUGCGGCACGAUCGUCACAGAAGAGGGUAAGGAAAAAAAGGUGAACAUCGACUUUGAACCUUUCAAGCCGAUCAAUACGUCGCUGUACCUCUGCGACAACAAGUUCCACACGGAAGCGCUCACCGCGCUGCUGGCUGAUGAUAAUAAGUUCGGCUUCAUAGUCAUGGAUGGUAAUGGAGCGCUGUUUGGAACGCUGCAGGGGAAUACUAGAGAGGUGCUGCACAAGUUCACGGUUGACUUACCCAAGAAGCACGGUCGCGGUGGUCAGUCAGCUCUCCGUUUCGCUCGUCUCCGUAUGGAGAAGAGACAUAAUUACGUGAGGAAAGUCGCAGAGGUGGCUACACAACUGUUCAUUAGUGCUGAUAGACCUAACGUAGCUGGUCUCAUACUCGCCGGUUCCGCGGACUUCAAGACUGAACUGUCGCAGUCUGAUAUGUUUGAUCCGCGUCUCCAAUCAAAAAUCAUCAAAUUGGUGGAUGUGUCAUACGGAGGUGAAAAUGGUUUCAACCAGGCCAUUGAACUGGCAGCCGAGUCCCUACAGAAUGUUAAGUUCAUACAGGAGAAGAAACUCAUCGGCAGAUACUUUGAUGAGAUCUCACAGGACACGGGGAAAUACUGUUUUGGUGUUGAUGAUACAUUAAGGGCUUUGGAACUCGGAGCUGUUGAGACACUCAUAUGCUGGGAGAAUCUAGACAUACAAAGAUAUGUUUUGAAAUCUCACGCGACCAGCCAGGAGACCAUCUUGCAUCUGACACCGGAACAGGAAAAAGACAAGUCACACUUCACCGACAAAGAUACCGGUGUGGAAUUGGAGCUUGUGGAAUGUCAACCUUUGUUGGAGUGGCUCGCUAACAACUACAAGUCGUUUGGAGCGACCCUGGAGAUAAUAACUGAUAAGAGCCAGGAGGGGAGCCAGUUUGUUAGAGGAUUCGGUGGAAUUGGCGGUCUCCUUCGCUACAAGGUCGAUUUCCAAUCGAUGCAGCUGGAUGAUGAAGAAAUUGACAACUUGUACGACAUCGACGACUAUUAG